CUACCUCAGCUCGGUAGCGGGGAGCGGUUCGGAUCAUGGGCCGUGAGGGUGACCGCCACAUCCCCACCAUUGCGCCAAUACAGGGUGAUAUCAAGAACUGAAACACGACAUCCGAACUCUGGUUAUCGUCCAUCUCCCACAGAUAUUCACGCGAGUGCGCAUCUCCCGGGCCUCACAGCAGCAUUCUCGCCCUCUGCGCGCAUUUGUCCCCUUCCAGUGCAUCUGCAGACCCUGUCGCGUCAAUCUCAUCAAUCUCACAUGUGCAAUGCCAUUGUCAGUGCUCUCCCUCUUCAGGCCAAGCGUCCUGCAGGUACCGCUCUCGAUACAAGGGUACCACACCCCCGUUGUCACCCCGACCCUAGCAGCCAUGCAGGCCAAGCCAACACGCCCUCCUUUCCGGAAUAGCCUCUCUGGCCUUGGCGGACUCGCUUGAUGCACCGAUAUCACCCGACGUCGCGUUGUCAGUCAAAGCCCUGCGUCCCCUCAUUGCUUAUCCCAAGGCUGCUUCCCACCUACUUGGGUCAUGCUCGUCACUCCUUUCACUCGUUUGCUGCAGUUGUGUAGGACAGCACCGUCCACAUUUGGCAUCACUCGUUUGGCCAAAGUGCGGUUGUUUAGAAGAGGGAUGAUGGUAAAAGGUAGAAGAGACGACCGCGUCAACGACUCAUAGCAAUGCAUAUCCGCGGUGGUAAUCACGUCGGGAGCCACGCUGGACACCACAAUCACUUACGUGCAAGGCAAGGAGGGUUUAACUGGGACUGGUGGUGCAAAUGGUACCCAUGGGAUCCUCGAUGUUCUAGUCGGACAACAAAAGAUGGUGGUGGUGGAGGAGGAGGAGGAUGGUUCAAUGGUAGACCAACAACGACCUCAAAAGUGGAAAGACCUUCGCCGACACCCGCUCCAACGCCAAAACCCUCUCCAACACCAACCCCGUUACCAGUUCCGGCUCCGGCUCCGGCACCAGCGCCUGUUCAGUCGUCCCCAGCACCGACGCCAACAACAGCAAAGGCGGUAGCAAACAACCCAGCAACAACACCAGAACAGCAGCAGCCGGCAACGACACGGAGACCGGCAGAUGGGGGGGCAACAGAUAAAGUGAAUGAGGGCACACCAACAGCAACGGAUAGAGGCGGGGCUCAGGCAGGGGGAGCUCAACAGGACUUAUCAUCACCAACCCUUGUCCCGCUCGUGGGGUCCGCUCCUCUAGACCCUACACCCGACGACCAGUCUCCGGUGGGGCAAGGUUCUUCAGGAGGUGGACAGGAUGGCGCGACUGCUGGCUUCGGCGGUUCAGCGGGUGGUGGACCGGGAUCAGGUUCAGGUUCGGGACCAGGAGGCAGCGUAGGAUCUGGAGGAAACGAGGGAAAUGGAGGACACAUAGUUCCUGGGUCGACGAACGGCACAACUGACUCACCGGGGACACCUAACAACAAUGGUUUGUCAACAAACGGUGGGCUGGGUGGCGGCGCCAUUGCUGGUAUCGUUGGCCCUUCAAAGGGUAGUAGAGAAGUUCAAUGGCAGACCAGGAAGCUCCUAUCCCGUCAGCGCUUAUGGAGCUGAAGGUAUGGACAAGACCUUAAUCGCAGGAGGUGCUGGUGGCUCCGUGUCGGCCGCUGGAGCCGCGAGACGUAACUCUCAACGGCAGGAUCAGCUACCGAUGCAGCAACCCACGAACGCCCCAACACUGCGCCCUGUGAACACCAACCUGCGCGCCAACCGGGUAUCAUCACCCACCAGAGAGUCGACGAGAAACAGCAACGCCUUCACUCCGUCGCCCGUCUCUCCCCUCUCACCUGCCAUGCCCGCCAGCGUGCUUGGCUCAGCUCCUCUUCCCUCGGCGUAUCCCGUCCGCUCUCAGUACUACCAAGCUCCUCCUUCCAAACCAGGCCCCUUUACUCAACCAGGCUAUCCCGGAAGUUCACAAUACGUCCCCCCAUCCAACGCCGGAGGAAGCCUUCACGUAGCCCACGCGGCAUCGGGCGCGCAUAUGAACCGAGCCAGCAGCGUCAGCAGCGUCAGCACCACCAGUGCUUUGAGCGCCAUCCUCAACCCGGCACAGAUGGUAUGGCCUAUGCCACCACCUCCCACGCCGCCAGUCAGCGUGCCAGACACACCUCCCGCGACGGCUCGUGAUAACAGGCCGCAAUAUGUUGAUCUUUCGGCGCCUGGACAAACGGUGGUAAGAAUCAUCAAGCCCCCGAGUGUGAGAAGACCAAGGAGACAGAACUCGAACUUUUGA